AUGGCCUCUACUCCCACUGUCAAGCUCGCUUCCGGCGACGCCAUGCCCCUCACCGGCCUCGGCCUCUGGAAGGUCCCCCGCGAUGUGGCUGCCGACCAGGUCUACAACGCUAUCAAGGCCGGCUACCGCCUUCUGGACGGCGCGGCCGACUAUGCCAACGAGAAGGAGUGUGGCCAGGGUCUUGCCCGUGCGCUGAAGGAGGGCAUCGUCAAGCGCGAGGAGGUCUUCAUCGUCUCCAAGCUCUGGAACACCAACCACGCGGCCAAGCACGUUGAGCCUGCGUGCAGGAAGAGCUUGAGCGACUGGGGCGUCGAGUACUUUGACCUGUACCUGAUCCACAUGCCCAUUCCUUUGGCUUACGUCGACCCCGCGGUUCGCGAGUUCCCCGGCUGGACCGUCAGCGGCAAGGACGGCGACGAGACAAGGACCGAGCGCUCGCCCGUCCACCUUACUUGGGGAGCAAUGGAGGAGUGCCAUGCCAAGGGCCUCGCUCGCAACAUUGGUGUCUCCAACUUUGUCAGCGCCCUCAUCAUCGACCUCAUCUGUUACGCAAAGGUCCACCCCGCCGUGCUUCAGAUCGAGAUGCACCCCUACUUUGUCCAGCAGGGCAUGAUCGACGUCUGCAAGGCGUACAACAUCCACAUGAUGGCCUACAGCUCGUUUGGUCCCCAGUCGUGGAUUGAGCUCGACCACCCCGCGUCCAAGACCCUGCCCUCCCUGCUCACCCUGGACACCGUCGCCGACAUUGCCGCCAAGCACAAGGCCACCACUGCGCAGGUCCUCCUUCGCUGGGCCACCCAGCGUGGCAUCACCGUCAUCCCCAAGAGCUCCAACCCCCAGCGCCUGAAGGAGAACCUGGACAACUCGACUUUCGACUUGACCGAGGACGAGAUCAAGGCCAUCUCGGAUUUGGACCGCAAGUUCAGGAUCGCUGCGGGCAGCGACGCCAAGAUCAACAUCUUUGCAUGA